UCCAUUAUCAUCACUAUGGAGGGGCAGUGCAGAUCCCAGCAGGAAGCAGGAUCGAUGCAUUUUAUUUUCUCUAAACGUUCUUAUUUCACCGCUCUGCUGUUGCUAGCGGCGUUAGAGUUGCCGGCACCAGCUGACGCAAAGAGAAACUUAGAAAAAGGGGAAAAGCACCAUGGAUUAAGUCCGUUAUGCAAGGUUGAGACUCAUGAGGUGCUCAUCUGCGACAUCAUGGGCAACACAGCCGCCGCACCUGCUGAGGUCCAACAGGCCCCUGCUCUACCCGACAUUGGGAAGCUGGAAAUAUCUCGCAAGAAGUACCCAGGCACGAUCGUCCAAGUCCUGGAAAACGUGAACGGCCAACUGAAACUUAAGGAGGACGAGAUCAAGAAUACCAAUAGACUAAUUGAUGAACUGGUUAAAAAGGAUUUGAUUGAGGGCCUAAAGAAAAAAAGCAAGGCCUUCGAGUUGAUCUACCAAAAAAUCGUUUGGACUGGCAGCUCUUAUGAAGGGCUGAAGAUUUCUCAUCCUGACGAGUUUGAUUUGAACAUCGUCCUUCGCUUCCCUUUUAAGAGCGACCUCAUCAAAAUUUCUCCGCGAAAUGACGUCCCUGGCUUCGUGACGAUUAAAAAUUUCAAAAAGGCGCUGGACACCAUUGAAGCUGAUCCAAAAUGGAGACCGGCUUACACGGAGUUACUGAAGUGGGCUGACGACUCGGGCAAUUUGCUGACAAACAAAGUCCGCGAAUGGAUGGAAAGCAUUGUUGUCAAGUUUUCCAACGAGUACAAUGUGGGCAAACCAGAAAAUAAGAAAAUCAUCGUUCGCAAAUCAGGACCGGCAAUGACUCUUUGGUUGGGCAAGUUGUCCAUUGACGUGGUGCCCGUUUUUGGCUUUACCUCGCCUCCACCAAGCCCAAUCAGGGUUCCAAAGCCCAUGAAUAGGGAGUGGUUCAUCGUGCCCAAGCCACUGAAAGGACAGACAGACAUCAAAGAUGCCUGGAGGGUAUCCUUCUACGAGUUUGAAAAGGAUAUCCUGAGGGACUAUGGAACCAUCAAACCAGCGAUUAAGCUUAUCAAGAAACUGAGGGACACGCAAGACUGGAAAAGUCUAUACAGCUAUGCCAUUAAAUCAGCCGCUCUGUGGAUGAAAGAGGAGGGCGGUAUAAGUGGAAAUGAGAAAAUUGACAUUACAUUCUUGAAACUGCUGAAAGGUAUCCAAACGUAUUUGGACAAAGGCUUUCUUCCAUUCUACUGGGAGAAAAGAGCCAACAUGCUGCGAAUGAACGACGUUGAGAGAAAGAAUCUGGCCAACAGGAUUGCCAGGCUGAUCAUCAAAAUCGAGGAAAAUUGGGUGUCGAACCCAUCCUACAUUGGGGAGCUUAUUUGUAAGCUUUAAGGAAAACGGUUAAUAUAUUAAGAAAAUUAAUUUUUCAAUCGCCCUUGCUGGCCAAUUGGACUAAUUUCUGCAUAGGUUUUUAUAAAAAUUUAAACUAUUUUGAUACGAUAUUUUUAAUUUAAUAAAAUUGCAUGAACCUUUUUCCGCUCCUAAA